CAAGGUGUGACUCCAACUUCUCAAGGCAGAAAGGAAGGAGCUGCUGGCAGUGCCAGUGCCACUCCGUCCUUCACUUUCUUUCCUGUUGCGCUUGCCCUCUCCUGGCAAGAGGUCGCAAUUUUCUUGUGUUUGUACUAAUAAGUUGGUUCACAGGUUGAUUUUUCUGGCAGCUGCAUUGAGACAUAAAGCAUGGCGCAUAGGCCCCGUCACGAGGAUGCAAUUGCACCUUGGAGCGAGAGGAACAGCACAAAGCCUGCGCCUGCGUUGCCGGCAGUCCCUGGGGCUUCAUACGGGGCCACUGCAGAUACCUCGCCAUUGAAAGCACUGGUUGAUGCUGGGGGGGAGGAAUUGGAAGAGGACCGCUGUGGCGUGAGAAUUGCCGGAUGGAGAAUAGAGACACAGAAGCGACCAAUUCUCAAUGCAAGAGAGAUCGAGAUAUGGGAGGAGACUCUUGGCACCCGGCACCUUCCCGAGAUGGUCUUUGGGGGAAGUUGGCUGGAACUUGUUCAUGAAGAAACAGGUGUCUGCCUCAACUUCAAUGCGCUUGAUGCUCUCCAUGGGUGGUGCGCAGAGGCUUUGCCGCCUGUGCCCAUCCCCGCAGCCAAGCACUGGAGUAAGAAGAGCAACCCUGAGGCCAAGAUUUUCCUGGAAUAUGACUAUACCUUCACCACUCCCUACUGCGGCAGCUUGAGGCGUUACCCCCCUGGGCCCACCAGACCCGCUGACCCUAUUGGACAAAAUCCAAGGAGCAAAACGGACAGGAAUGGCACCGAAAGUCUUCCUCCGGAGAGUCCAAGUAGUGGCGCAGUGGAUAUCAAGCAGAGCUUAGAGGCGGGGGGUACAAAAGCCGGAUCACGUGAAGGGAACACAGCUUCGUCCAGCGAGGGAGGCGCAAGACCUGCCGUUAGCAAAGAGGGUUCAUCUGGCGGGGAAAGGUCGAGGCCCUCCGAAGGGGCUUCUUCUGCGCUGAGCGUUCGAUGGGAGCCUUUUGAGGGCAGCAUCGAUCUUGAGCUCCUGAUGGCCCGAGACCCCAUUCUCUUUUACGACGAGGUUGUGCUGUAUGAGGACGAGCUUGCCGACAACGGGGUGACGCUGCUCACGGCCAAGGUGCGCGUGAUGCCGUGCUGCUGGUUCGUGCUGCUGCGGUUCUGGAUGAGAGUUGACGGAGCACGGUUCCGGUUACGAGACGCUCGCAUAUACUGCCCCUUCCAACCGAAAGAGGGCGAGAAGAGCAUAUGCCCAGUGUCAGUCAUCCGGGAGUACACGCAGCGGGAGGAGUCGUUUGAGGCGCUAGCACAGAGGGGCCUAGGGUCCGAAACGCACAACUUUGCAGACCCCAAUGCCCUUACGGACAAGCUCAAGGUCGUGUCCACGACGACAGAGCGCCUCACUUUCUGAAUGGAUUCUCCAACUCAACCAAGUUCCCUUGUUGGUUGGUUCCCCUUGCCCCGCGCCGACGGGCUCAAAGAGACGGAACUGAGCAAUCCACAAAGGCGCCUGCUAGUCUGUGCUAACGUACACCGACUGGUCCAAAACAUCCUAUCAAAUUCUGCUUCGCGGAGCCCCGCACUUGAUCGCACACCGUAAACCCGUUUCGACGGAUCCAUAUCGCUUUGCACGGGCAUAUCUUAGUGACUCUGGC